GCCGGCCUGCCCAGGCGCCCCAUCCAGCCCCCCGGCAGCGCGCAGCGCAGUGCAUGCAGUAACAGUGCAGACUAGACCAUGCAUGCAUAGACCAUGGGAGACCGUUACUAGCGUUAGCCUGCAAGUCCGCUACGUCACCACCCCGUAGUGCGGAAAAGCACGGCUAAAAUGCCUGAUGAUCUUUUGUAGAAUAGAAAGAGGACUGGGGUCGAAAUGUUUCACAGUCUGUGACGAAGGUUGUUGACGGCGGUUCAGAAAAGAAUUAAAAAGCGGCUCUGCAAGAUGACGGGAAGGUGAUGGAGGAAGUUAGUAGUUCACCAUCUAGCUUGGCCACUCGGCGUGCACCACGUCCCUACCGGCAAGAGGGUUCAAGUCGGAGCGUAGGCCCCAUGCUCAGAUGCUCGUCACAUAGCCCGCUGUACCAGCUGCAUAAUCCUUUACCCACAAGAUGGCUGCACGUUUUAUUGAGCCCACCAUCAGAAGCGAACAAUACACAGCUCAUGUUGAUAAUAGGAUCUGAUGAGGCCAGCCGUCCGACGCAUGUUCCAAGGUUCUAUAGGGAUGUUGACAUCCUGGCUUUUGAGGACCUUUGUCACUGGCAGUGGUUGAUGGUUUUAGGGAUUUCAGCUCCUGCUGCAGAUGACGAGUGUCUUCUACUAAAGUUUGACGCACCAACCCUUCGUUACUCGGAGGAAGACCCAUUACGUGUCUUUAGCGGAAGUGCAGCGUGGCCUUGCGUGUUGGCUGCAGGCGAACAGCCAUACGUUAAGUUUGAUGGCCCUCUGCAGGAACAGAGGUCCUUGUUUACAAUAACGCCAGCUGAAGAUGGUUCCUUGAAGGGGUCAACCCAUCAAUUUUUAUUGGCUGCGACCAUGAAGAUGCGAACUGCCAUGAUUGAUGUAGGAGAAAUCGCCGGUGAGCUGACAUGCUGAAUGUACCGUAUGUGCCACUGAAUAGGCCGAAUAUACGUACGUGAUGACGCUCUCGUGGAGCAACGACUCCACCGUAUUGGACUUGAGGUUGAAAUGUUUGCGAUAUUGAGUUAACAGACAGUGUGAACAUUAUAUAUAGCUCGUCGAGCUUCCUUAUUGGUGACAACCCAUAACAUACAUAUACACCAAGCUACCAAGCUUAAAAACCCUCAUCUACAGCAGCGGGGCUUACCUUAUUUCACCGGAUAUAAGUCGCACUUAAGAAGGGGAUUCGAUUUACAAUCGGAUGUACAUCCUACUUAUGCGAAUAUAUUGAAAUAAUUUCGCGCAAAGUGGGAGUACGACUUAUAAUCAAGUUCGACUUAUAAUCGGUGAAAUACGGUAGCUUGUCUCCUUCUUGGAGUUGGAAGAGUGCGUCUUUGCUGGGCGUACUCUCGCAACGCAUCCCUAUCAUAAUUAUCAUUCCAAUUGAUUUUCCUUUGGUCUUCCGUUUGAGGCUAACACGCUUCAUAGCAGCUGUCUCUUUCACUACUGCUGUCACUACCAGCAUCACAGCACCUAACACUGUGCCACCGUCCUUUAUUUUCUUUGCUUUCCUACACAAAACUAACUAACUGCCAUCACUAUGCUCUGCAAUCUUAAGAUUUUACUGUUUAUUUUCCUUUGCCAACAGUUAACUAGCAUGUACAUAAGUCAGCUACGUGCAAGACUUGAUAGUAGUCCUGUGCCAGACCAGUGUGCCUGCAGGCAGAGAUUAAAUUUAUACUGCUGAAUUGACUGUCAAAGCUUUCUUUUUAGCACGAUCCAGUGUUCAAUAGCUGCUGAAACCUGGUUUCCGAUAAUUACAUGUACUUAUUUUUUUAUUUACUACCAUUUGCUGCUAACAAUAACAAUUAACAACCACACAAGCCGACCUGUUUGGGAGCUAUUACGCGUUGUAUUAUCAGGGCAUAGGCAACAAUUGCCGCAUGCAGUAUGCAAUACUAUGGACCAAUGCCGUAGUAUCGCAGGCAACAAUUGCCGCAUGCAGUAUGCAAUACUAUGGACCAAUGCCGUAGUAUCGCAAGCACCAAUGUGCGUUAGACUGGCCAAUGCCAGGGCUAAUGGGGGCAACAAUUGCCCGGCGUGUCAAUACACGCAUACGGUAGGGAUGCACUUGUGAGCACAUGUAGGCGCACUUGGCUCAAUGCCGGCCUGACCCACGAUCCCUACCGUUCUCCCUUCCGGGAUGGCUUAGAAUAUAAUGAUGGUUAGAGAUGAUGGGGUGGGUGGUGGUGCUCAAAAACUGGCCAAGGUUGUCAAGCGAUCUGACUGUUGGCGCAGCAAGGAUGAAGAAGAAACAGCAUCGAGAGCCGGAGUAAUGCGCAUGCUCCGCGUGGUCCCGUGCCGGGGCGCGGGAGUUCGGAGUGCGUGUUCUGCACGGGCACGUGAUGCGCUAUGGCAAGUACGUGCAAAUUAUGUUAGGAAUGUAAUUGUUGGUGGGUUGCUAACUUCACUUACCGUGCCAUGCACGGAAACUUAUAUUUAUCAUACAAAUUGAUCUCGCCAAUAAUGAUUAUUACGCUUUGCA